UCGAGUGUAAUAAAUACUCCAAUCGUCCCUAGACAUUUCUUUUCAGCAUGAAAUUUAAGAAAAGAGAGCGCUGUUAGUUAAGUGGCUGAGAAUAAAAUAAGGGAGAUAACGCUAUAACCUCAUACAUCGAUCGAUAUGGCGGCGGAGGCAGCAAUCUCAUCGGCGGUGGAGCUACUCGGCAAUCUGCUGAUCCAGAAGGUGAAACUACUGCGAGGCGUGGAGGGAAAGGUGCGGUUGCUGAAAGAUGAGCUGGAAUCGAUGCAAUCUUUUCUAAUAGACGCAAACCGAAAGCAAGCUAAAGACGAAGGAGUCCGCGAUUGGAUAAGGAAGAUCCGAGAAAUUGCUUUCGACGCUGAAGACACCAUCGAAAUGUUCGUCAUCAAAGCCGAGUGUCUCGGGAGGAGAGGCCAUUUCGAAAGAUUCAUUAGCUUCCCGAAGCGCAUGCACGACCUCGACCAAAUCGGGGAUGAGAUCGACUCGAUCCGUGAUAGGCUUGAAGCGGUGGACAAAAUCCGCGAGAGGUACGGGAUACAGAUUGUCAAAGAGGCAGAUAAGGAGAAGGAUAAGGAGACGUCGCAAGCUGAAUCGCGGCGACGGUUGUGUCAUUGGCAAAAAGACGAACACCUGGUGAGCAUUAAAGAUGCUGUGGAGGAGGUGAUGCGAGAAGCGAUUCUGAAUGAGGAGAAGAGAGGGCUUUCAGUUGCGGUUAUACAAGGCAUGGGUGGGAUUGGGAAAUCCACACUUGCACGGGAGAUAUACUACCACCCCGACGUCGUUGGCGGUCCAUUCGAUCGGCGAGGAUGGGUUGUGGUGUCGAGUGAAUUUACUCCACAUGAGACGAUCAAGCAGAUCAUCUUCCAGCUGUCCAGAUCGGAUGAGGAGAAGGAGAAAAAGGAGAAGGAGGAGGAGAAAAAGAAAAAUAAAGUGGCUGAAGAAAUCCAGAUAUUGGAGCAGUCGACCAAGGAUGAGCAUUAUAUCUUACAGAAGCUUCAAGAAAUGCUGUACAAACAACUAGAGGGAUCAACUUAUUUCAUAGUUAUGGACGAUGUGUGGGAGCAAGACCAUUGGAAAUGUUUCAACGGUGCUUUCCCCAAUCAACAAGAUAAAACAAGUAGAUUAAUCCUUACGACCCGCAACAAGAUUAUUGCAAAGCAUGAUCAAUAUGUGUUUAAGAUGAAGUUUCUAGAUCCCGAGAAAAGUUGGGAACUGUUCUUGAAGAAGACAUUCAUUAACCACACCUAUGGCACAUGUCCAGAAGAAUUAGAGAGUAUUGGCAAACAAAUCUUGGAAAAAUGUGAUGGUUUGCCAUUAGCAAUUAGCGUGGCAGGAGGCUUACUUAUGGAUGUUCAAGACAGGAGAAGAUGGCAAGAAGUUCUGGAUCAAAUUGAUACCAAUAUUCCCAAAAAUAAUGUACCAAAUAUUUUGGGAUUGAGUUAUCAAAAUUUAUGUUCCCCUCUGAAAUUAUGCUUCCUAUGUCUAGCCUUUUUCAAGGAAGACGCUACUAUUCCUUCAAAUGAGUUAUUAAGCAUAUGGCAUGCACUAGGCUUGAUCCAAGAGAAUGGAAGUAGAAGUAUAGAUGAUAUUGGAAGAGGUUAUUUAGACGAGUUGAUCAAUCGAAACAUGGUUCAAAUCAAGGAUUUAACGCUGGAUGGCCGCGUUAAAAACUGCCAUUUACAUGAUCUUUUACGGGAAGUGUGUUUGGUGAAGGCGAAAGAGGAAAUGGGGUUUCAUAUAAUCGAGAGGGGAGAGGAGGUGGCGACGAUAGCUCCUGUCUCUUCCUCGUGGAAGCCUCGUCAUCGCAUUGUCUAUGGUCGGAACCUCGACACGCUGCUGAUGGAGCAUACCCGCCAUCUCCGCUCUCUCUUCAUCGUCAAUUCCGUCUCCGAUGGCUUCAGCGAUGUCUGUGUGAAAACCCCAUUCCGUUUCUGGAAGAGUUUUCAGUUGCUCGAGAUACUCUACCUUGAAGGUGUUGGUUGGCGGAGUUUCCCUCACUCGUUCCGCUCGUUGAUCAGGCUGAGGUACCUAAGAAUACAGUCUGAUUCUGAGUCUGAAUCCGCUGAGAGGAUCCGGAUCCCAGGGUGGUUCGGUCACCUCAAAAGACUUGAGAUUCUCGACGCCAGGAGCGAGAACCUCGAGUUACCAGAGGCUACUCUGGAAAUGGAUCGGCUGCGCUACUUCAGCGCAGCUCGCGUGCACGGGCUAGCGUCCAUAUUCAGCUGGAAACAUGUGGAGACGUUGAAAUACAUCAGCGUAGACGACCUGCUGCGGUGCAGCACAACCUCGCUCUCGACCUGUCCUGUUCGAGAGCUGGGUCUGUUUCUUGACCGGGAGAGAGAGGGAGACGUGCUCAAGAGAGCGAGGGAGUCGAUGGAAGAGAUGAUGAAUCUCGUGAAACUGGAGCUGAAGUGGGAUCUGUCGCUGUGGAUCGAGCCAGCGAUGAUCCCUCAUCUCGCAGGGCUCACGAAGCUGAAGCUGCGAGGGAGGAUGAGGAGGUGCCCGGAUCCGGGCGUGUUCCCGCCGAAUCUUACCUAUCUGACGCUCGUGCACACAUUUCUAGAGGAGGAUCCGAUGGCGGAGCUGGGCAAGCUGCAAAAGCUGGAGUACCUGAAGUUAAGUGGCUAUGCGUGCUUGGUCGAGAGGCUGAGAGUGUUGCGCGGGGGAUUCCUCGGCCUCAAAGGGCUCUCCAUUAAGGAUACGUAUUUGUUGAAAAGGAUAGAUGUGGAAGAAGGUGGAAUGCCGCAACUCAAACUACUACGGAUCCAGCAAUGCCCGGACUUGAAGACUACCAAUUUGCCCCAACGAAUUCUUGCAUCAUUGUCAUCGGUAUGAUCAAAAGUUAUGGAAACAUUUCAUGUUUAUAUCAUUUGAUGUACUAUUUGGUUUUGCAUAUGACGAAAAUACCCAAAAAUCGAAUAUUUAAUCUGAAAUAAAUUGUAAUAUAGUUUGA